AAAAAAAAAACAUAAUAUGACAUAAUACUAUACAGAGAUGUGGACUAAUAUAGCCUGUUGGUGUUUGUUGUGGUUCGGUUGUGACUUAAGCUCUGCAUUAUGUUUGUCUAGAUCUCAUUGUGUUUGCUUUUGAAACACCAAACUUGGCACCUUGACUUAAAUUUUGGUGUGCUGCCUAAUGCCUGCACCACCUUAGUCCCAAGCAUACCUGUGUCCUAACAACCUAAUUAUGUCGGCUUGCUUUCAUCUUUUUGCUUUAUGUUUUUAAUCAUACCUGACGCGGUAGUAAACGUCCAAACUCCAGAGGCCAUCUCUGGAUAUCUGGUUGUAAACUGUAAAAAAAAAAAAAUUAAAAAAAGUGACUGUGAUGUCAGCCAGGGACUCUCCAGGGGCUUGCAGACAGCCUGUUGAAUCUGAAAGCAGAAGUGCAGUUUUUGUGCCGCCAUGUUGUAAAAUUUGUAGCCAGAGACUGCGCAGUAGGGAGAAGGGGGGACCCUUAUUUGGUCAUGAAGUUUGGGCUGGGUCUGGGUCGUCUGCUAAGCUUGUGAGCCACACCCCCCCCCCCCCCCAUCCAAGUGAAAUGGCAGUGAAACUUUCUUUCCCUGAUUGGUCCACAAAAUAUUUUAAAAAAUUGUCCAAAUGACACAAUAACUAAACAAACCAGCACACAGGGAGACAUUAGACACAGAAAAAAACACCUAUUGCGACUACAUGUGUUCUGGGGAAAAAGAACAACCCCUGGGCUAUACAUGCUUUGAUCCGUUCCUAUGGCAAUUAUUUUUGAAAUAAUUUGGUGUUGCCUGACGACCCCAGGGCCUUAAGCAGCCAGUUCUGUUGAUUGUGUCGGGCAGGCUCUGCACACACAUAUAUGUAUGAUACAUUUCAUAAUUGUGUUUAUAUAGAAUGGAGAGUGUAAAGAAGUCCUCUCUCUCUCUCGCUCUCUCUCUCUCUCUCUCUCUGUCUCUCUUGCCCUGGAGCUCCCUUCCCUCUGAUUGGUACGUUUCCUUCCUGGCCCCGCCCCCCCUGUCUGUUAGAGGGAAAAUGACUCAGUGAGUGCCUGGACCUGCUUGCUGGUGUGUGGGCAGGCAGGACAGGAAAUGUGAGUGUGUUAUUAGGCCGACAGUGCCGUGGGUGUGCCUGUGGUGAGGGUUUGGGUUUCCUGGCUGUUCACCUGCAGCUUCAGACUUUCCUGUGCACGCUGUUGAAGUCGCCCAGAAGCGGAUGCGGGAAGAUGUUUGCUAUGGACCAGGGAGUCGUAGGAGAGUGGCUGGCUGAGUUUAAGACUCUUCCGGAAGCGGCUGUAUCCGGCUAUGCUGCCUCCCUGAAGGAGAAGACCUCUCUGGUUCCCGCUCUCUACAAGGUCAUCCGGGAGAAUUACAGUGAUCUGCUGGAGCCGGUGUGCCACCAGCUCUUUGAGUUCUACCGCAGUGGGGAGCCGCAGCUGCAGCACUUCACCCUGCAGUUCCUCCCGGAGCUGCUCUGGAGCUACCUGUCCGUCACCUCCAGCCGCGACCCCCACUGCAGCGGCUGCAUCGAGGCGCUCCUGCUGGGCAUCUACAACCUGGAGAUCGUGGACAGAGACGGCCAGAGCAGAGCGCUGUCCUUCACUGUCCCGUCCCUGUCCAAACCGUCGGUUUACCACGAGCCCUCCACCAUUGGCUCCUUGGCCCUGACGGAAGGGGCUCUGGCCAAUCACGGGCUCAGCCGGGUGGUGUACAGCGGACCCCACCUCCAGAGGGAGACGUUCACGGCGCAGAACCGUUUCCAGGUCCUGACGUUCCUCCUGCUCUGCUACAACGCUGCCCUGAGCUACAUGACCGCUCUGUCGCUGCAGUCCCUGUGUCAGCUGGGCUCCAGGGUCUGUAUCUGCGGCUACCCCCGGCAGCAGUUAAGGCGCUAUAAAGGAAUCAGCUCCAGGAUGAUGGUGUCUUCAGACUUCCUAGUGCAGCUUAUCACUGGCAUCCACUACGCCCUGUGUAAUGGAGAGUCAGAUCUGGGCUCUAAAGCUCUGGAGGACGUGCUGUACAGGGCGCAGCUGGAGCUGUUCCCUGAGCCGCUGCUGGUGGGGAACGCGAUCAGGUCGUCGCAGCGCGGGGCGGCGCUGAAGUCCAAUAAGGAGGGCCCGCGCUGCAUCCAGGUGGAGAUCACGCCCAGCGCCUCGCGCAUCUCGCGCAACGCCGUCACCAGCAUGUCCAUCCGCGGCCACCGCUGGAAGCGGCACGACGCGGUGGAUCUGGUUUCCCCGGACGACCUGAUGGAGAUUGCGGAGGUGGACGAGGGGUUCUGCGUGAGAUCGGCCGGCGACGGCCCCCCCUCCAUCACGGUCAGCGCCACGCCCUCCGGGGGGGGGGCCAAGAGCUCGGGGAAGAGCCAGCGCAGGCUCGGGGGGGGCAAGGCCAGCAGCCGGGACGGGUCGGAGGGCAGCCGGGAUCACCCGUCCCGCAGGCAGCAGGCGGGGGCGGGCGCGGGGGGGCGGGCCAUGAGCGAGAACCUGGAGCUGCUGUCACUCAAACGGCUCAACCUCACCUCCAGCCAAUCGGUGCCCAAGCCGGCCGCCCUCGGCCUGUCCCACGCCGGCAGCGUGGUCUUCUCCCGCUCCUUCGAGCAGGUCAGCAACGCGCUGGCGGGAGGCCCCGCCCACGGCCACGGCCACGGCCACGCCCCGCCCAGCCGCUACUCCGCCUGCAGCCUCCAGGAGGAGCGAUUGGCCCCGGACCCCCUCAGCCCCGCCCAGCACAAACGCCCCUCCCCCAGCAGGAGCAUCCACCUCUCCACUGAUAUUUGACCCCAGAUCCUCACCUUACCCCCCCUCCCAGCCAGAACUGCCCCUUACUCUACCCCCCUCCCAGCCAGAAUCGCCCCUUACUCUGCCCCACUACCAGCCAGAACUGCCCCUUACUGCCCCCCUACCUAGGCCUAAGCACAUACCAGUGAGGACCAUGGAUUCCCCCCCUGCCCCCCCCCCCCCCCCCCCCCCCCCCCACCCCUUCCUGCACUGCACUGCCAGCAUACCCGCUGCCUAAAGACUUGAGGACACCACUUUCUGGAGUUCCCCUAACUGCCCCAAACUGCCCCACGGAAGCCAUGGUUCCCCCCUCGUCCCGCCCAAUGUGCUGCAGGCAUCCAUUAAUAAACAUGCCUGCAGCCCCGGAACAAACCCCCCUCCCCUACCCCGGCCUGCACUGCCCCCAGUGGCACUGAGCCAUAACUACAGCACCUUAGAGUCUGAUGCGUGUUGGAUAGAUAAGUCCUCCCUCAGAACCUAUUUUGAGUGCGGUCCAUGUGUUUGAUGCCCCCCACCCCAGGUACUGUGCAGGUAUUAUUACUGUACUAUUUAGGUGUUAUAAAUGAUGUGUAUUUUUGACCUGCGGAGGUGCUCUGUGUGCUGUUUUUACGCGGAGGGCGAAGUGUAGCUGUAGUGUUUCUGAAUGUUCCCGGGCUGUUGGAGAACACUGCGAGACGCGGUGUGUGUGCGAUGGAAUGUUCCGGUGGGAGACACUAGCGUUGGGAAAAAGGACAGAUGCACUGUUUUACAAAAAUAUAUAACGAGGGCACAAAUCCGGAAGUCACUCCUGUUUGCAGUACAGCACAACGUGUGUUAACGCUACACUGUAAACCACUCCUGCAGUAGAGUGUUUUUUUCCCUUUAACCCGAAAAGCCCUGUAAAAUUAGGAACCAAAAAUAAGUCCUUGUUUACAUGAGUAACUGGUGCAGUCAUGCAGUAGAAGCAAUACCACUGUCAUGCUCCCGAGUCCUGUGGUUUGUAUCUCGGACUUCUGUGGCCGGGGUUCGGAGAUUAGUGUUAUUUUGUAUGCUGUAAAGGACAGAGGAAAGGCAGUAUUACAUUGCCAUGGAAACUUUUUAAGAGCACAGACAUCCCAGAAAGCCAAACUUCUUUCCUUUCGCCCAUUUAUUAUCAUUCAAUCCUUUUCGUCUUUUUCCUAUUUUAAAUUUUUACAAUGGUCUGGUGUUCGUUUACUUGGUUUUUCAUCUUUUUCUCGUAAAAAAUGACAUGAAACCAAGCACUGUGGUACAUUAUCGUCGGUUUAAGAAAGAUUUCCUCCUUUUUUGUCAGUUUUGGUAAACUUAGAGAAACGUGUGUAUUAGGUACAUUCCCAAGAGAUGUCAUAUUUUUGUGAAUAAGUGAAAGAAUAACAAUCAAAAUCUGUAUUUUUGUUUACAGAAAGUGGAAAUACUCUUGUGAAUUGUACAGAUUAUUGUACUAAGGUUUUUGCAUUUUGUCUGAAAAUAACUGAUUGCUAUCGCUUCACAAAAUAAAGUGUUUAUAUAUUUCAAACGUU